GAUAUUCGAUAAAUGAGUUCAAUAAGACACGCCACUUCAAUAAAAUAUAAAUUUUGUCAUUAGUCUUGUUUAUUUUCGUUAUAUCUAUUAACAAUUGUUAAAUCGUUUUUUUGAAAAUUUAAUAAUCAAAUAAUGUAAUGAUUUAGAAUAUGAAAUUACAUCAAUUCUAUAUAGUGUAUACUUUGAUGAUCAUUUUUAUACAAUACAAAAAUAUACAAACAAUAAUAUAUUAAAAAUUAAAAAAUAAGUAAUUUUUAAGGAAUAUCAUUUGAAUAACUAUCUAAGAUGAAGACUGAAAAUAAUAAUUCGAAUCAAAUAAAUUCUGGAAUUGAGCAACGUUUAAGAAGUCCAAAGUGUGCUAGAUGCAGGAAUCACGGAGUGAUUUCCGGUUUAAAGGGUCACAAAAAAUCGUGUGCAUGGAAGGAUUGCCGUUGUCCUUGCUGUUUGCUGGUGGUCGAAAGGCAACGAGUGAUGGCCGCUCAAGUUGCGCUCAGAAGACAACAGCAAGCUCAAGGAAAUUUCUUCAGUGAAAAUGUUUCAACAGUCUGUCACACGCCGAUUGAUACAGCCGGUUCUUCAUAUUUUAAAACUGAUCAAACACCAAUCUGUCGAAGAGGAAAGAAUAUCCAACGACAUCAAUUGCAUUUUACGCAAACUAGCAUUAGUGUGACUCAAGGAUUCUAUGGAUUAAAAACGAUCCAUGGUUUACCUGCAGCAUUCACCGCUAAUGCUCCAUUGUUGAAUGGUAUGUCACAAAAUCAAGAAUAUAAACAAGAAUGUGAAGAUUCGAAAAAAAUACAGUCUUUCCCAAGUAUGUAUUCUACGAUUCCAUGGUUUGAACAAGUCACGGAACCUCGUAAAAUGAAGAAAAGUUUUAAUAACUUCACUUCCGCUGUAAAUGAUCAUAACGAUAUUUCUGUGGCUAAGAAUGGAUCUUGCUUAGAAAAGAAAUCAACAAUUUCUUUUAGUGUAGAAUCUAUCAUUGGAACAAAGUGAUACGUAAUGAAUAUAUUAUUUUAUAUGAAAUUGCAUUUCAUCAUUGUAAGUAAGUAUUAUUUUUAUGCGUUAGUAAACUCAUAUAUAUAUAUAUAUAUAUAAAUUUUUAAAAAUUUAAAUUAUUUUC